CACAACCACACCCAUUAUUGUUGAUCACUUUGCUGGCUGCCUAACAAAACACAUUAAAAGUUUAUUUAUACAUACACACAAUUGUGCGUAGACAUUUUCUGCCUCUCUCUACAUCUACAAAACUCUUUGUUCACAAACAGGAAGCUUAGUCUAAUACUGCUGUCAAACCUUUCUGGAUCCAUUGCUAGAGAAAUUAAAAACAAUGAGCAUCAAACAUAAUCUUACAGUUUUACUUCUCUGUGGCUUUGCUCUGCUAAGUGUUUCUACAAAGACAUGUGAAAAGAACAUACCUGAGGGAGAUUCCUGCAUUCUUAAACUUCGAAAGGAAUUUGGUCAAAUUAUUAAAGCCAACGAAGGCGAGAUAAAAUGGUCCUUUACCUCUAAAAGUUUAAUGUAUGUAGCUCAGCGGAAGAAAGGGAAAAAUGUGAAAACAUUUCCUGAUGCAACAAUUGAAUCAGAUGGAUCAUUAAAGCUUCAUAAUGUUAAAGUGAGCAACACUGGCAAAUAUACAUUUGAAGCUUAUGAUAAUGAAGACAAAAUAGUUGCAAAUCACAAAGAGGAAAUUACAGUUUACGAAAAGGCCCUUAAACCCAAUCUGAUGUUUAUAUGCCGCAAUGGAAAUGCUACACUGAUCUGUGAGACUCAGAUGAAAGACAGGAGAGAUCUAACUGUAACCUGGUUUAAAGGAACAGAACCCAUACUGCGUGAAAAUAAAGCAAACCUUAUCCUGACAUCAACACAAUUACAAGAGAACAAACACUAUUCAUGUCGCGUACAGAAUCCAGUAAGCGAGGCACGAAGUGACAUCAUAGAAACACCAUGUACAAGCUAUACACGUAUAAGUUCUUGUCUACCAGGAGGAAUUGUUCGUGGAACGAAUGGUGGAUUUCCAGAUAACUGGUUAAUGGUGCAUGCUGUAGCGGUUGGAGGAGCUUUACUUCUACUGUUGUUAUUGUGAUCUGUGUGUGGAGUAACAGCACGGUUACCUGUCUUCGCCCAUGUACAUGUCUUUCCAAAUCCACCUACACUGGACUGUGUGCGCUGGAUGUUAAACGAGUCGUGGCUUUUCGAAAAUUCUUAUUUACUGUGUUAUCCUAGUUGUAAAUAUCAUUUUUGUUAUGAUAUACAUACAUUGUGCCAAUUUGUUUGGACUAAAACAUGAUUUUGGGCUUGUGUUAUAUCAUGCG